AUGUUGUCAAACCGAGUGUUAGAUCUUUACAAAACGCCGCUAAGCGAUGAUUCAAUAAGUCGCAUCGAUUCUCAUACUUCUUUGCCUUACAUCAAAUCAUUUGAGAAUAAUGAUAUUAUUGAAAUUUCAAUUAAUAGAAACGAUGCGUGGGUGCUAAUACAUGAUGCAGCUUUAUCGAUAAGAGGAAAGUUAAAGAAAACUGCUGGAGCUGGCAACGUUAAAUUCGUCAACAAUGCCGGUGCAUUUUUCUUUGAUUCAAUCACAUAUUUGUUGAACGGGAUUGAAAUGGAACAUGUAAAAGAUCCUGGUAUUACGAGUCUAAUUCGAGGCUAUUUGUGCUAUACUGAAGAAGAUAGUAAUCAUUUAAAUGUUGCCGGCUGGAAUUAUCCCGACGUUCCAGCAACUUAUACAGAUGGUGCAUUCUUCAUGAGAAUUCCUCUCUAUCAUUUAUUGGGGAUUUUUACCGACUACAAAAUGGCUAUAUCUGGAAAGCAUACUAUACGUUUGGUGAGAGCUCGCAAUGAUGCCAAUUGUAUGCUAAUUACCGGAGCUGAUACUAAAGCAGAACUUGUUAUAGAAAAAAUUGAUUUGAAAGUGAAACACAUUAUUCCGAAUGAUUGUCUAAAAAUACAACUUUUACAAUCGGUCAAGACCGAUCGACCCAUUCUAAUUCCCUUUAGAAAGUGGGAAUUACAUGAAUUGCCUGCUCUUAAUGUGGGUUCAACAAAAGAAAUGUGGAGUGUGAAAACUACAACUAGUGUCGAUUGUCCUCCAUUGAAAAAUAAUUCGUUGUGGGUUGUUACCAAGCGAUUUCCAAAUGACAAAUGUCGAAUUAAUUCGGACUCUUUUCGAGUAUAUCCAAACAAAGCUCCGCCCCAAACUUCCUAUUGGUCGCGCUGGUUUCUGUAG